UCAUGCGGAGUGUAGCAAUACGAGCGGCUAGAGCAGCUUCCUGCACCCAGCGCAGCGGCGCGGCCCUGGCAAACAAAUGCUUGGGCGCUUCCUCCAUCCGCUCGCAGAAUGUUGUAACUCAGGUGUCUGUUAGAUCGCUCGCAUCCGCUGCCAGCGCAUCACACCCGGAAGCCUCGCACAAGCUCGCGUGGGCUGUGACGGACAUUGCGCCACCGUCUCCAGGUCGCGGCUUUAUCGGCCGCUCCUCCAACGUAGAUGUGACCAAGAGCCAAAACCCCAUCCAGCGUUGGCAUUGGCUGUGGAAGAUGCUGGGCUUUCUGAACGAGGACGACCGACUGUUCCGCCACUCGACCGCCGUGUUCCAGAGCUGCAUGAACUACACGGCCAGACCAGAGUACUACCACGCACUUGGACUUCCGCGCACCUUUCGUGCGCAGCAGGCAUUGCUCAUGGUUCAUGUAUGGCUAGUACACCGGCGCUUGGCGCUGGAAGGCGAGCAGGGCACGAUCAUGCAGGAGCUCAUGUUCGAUCGUCUGUGGGAGGAAACCGUCGUGCGUAUCCGCUACCAGGACAUCUCGGAACUUACAGUGAACAAGCACUUGGCUCAGGUGCAGCAAGUCUGCUUCAACGCCUGCAUCGCCUACGACCAGGGCUUGAAGAACGGUCCCAACGCUUUCCAGACAGCAGUGGCCCAGCAUUUGCUUGAGAAUGAGACGCCAGAGGGUCUGCGUAUCGCCAGCAUCAUGGCCGAAUACAUGAAGCGCGAGCUUAAGAAUCUGGAGAAGGUCGAUGCCAAGUAUAUCAUAGAGGGAACCAUUCCAUGGAGCCCUUUGCCGGCGACCCACGUGAAGACCAUCGCGGAGGACGACGAUGACGACGUAGUGCUGAUUGGACAGCGCUUUGGCAACUGGCGCGCGGCUCUGGACAACCGCGGCAAACUCUACUAUUGGAACAUGACGACGCGAUACUCUGUCUGGGACCAACCCACUGGCGACAAGCUCCACGAGGGUGUGGAGCAGAAGUAA